AUGGACGACUCGGUUACAUCACCUCAGUCGGAUGUCUCUGUGACACCUGCCUUGGACUCCUUCGAAGGUCCACCGCCGCGGCCGGCUCGGGUCACCUCGUCAGGGUCUUUUGAUAGUCACCCCAGACAUCGACAACGCAAUCCCCGAGCUCGACGUCCAGUGAAAGAAACGCUUGAUGCCCGAUCAGAAUACACCACUAGUCAAGAUGACGGCACCGCAGAGCACCGGAUCAAUCAAUAUUUGAUCAAGCAAGAGAUCGGACGUGGAUCCUUUGGCGCAGUGCAUCUAGCUGCGGACCAGUUCGGCAAUGAAUAUGCCGUGAAAGAAUUCUCCAAGGCGCGACUUCGAAAGCGCGCACAAUCUCACCUUCUUCGGCGACCGCGUGGACCACGACGACCUGGCGCCGGUUUCAACUCGCCAUUGCAUCGCCAUCCCUCGCAAGAAGACGCCAAAUUAGCCAGGAACCCCCUUUAUCUGAUCCAAGAGGAAAUCGCCAUCAUGAAGAAAUUGAACCAUACUAAUUUGGUCUCUCUCAUUGAAGUGCUGGAUGAUCCAACCGAGGAUUCGCUCUACAUGGUCAUGGAAAUGUGCAAAAAGGGUGUUGUGAUGAAAGUGGGCUUGGAAGAGCGAGCGGAUCCAUACGAUGAUGAGCAAUGCCGAACGUGGUUUCGUGAUCUCAUCUUGGGAAUCGAAUAUCUACACGCACAGGGCAUCGUUCAUCGAGACAUCAAGCCUGAUAAUUGCUUGGUGACAGGCGAUGAUGUGCUCAAAGUGGUGGACUUUGGGGUUUCCGAAAUGUUUGAAAAGAACUCAGACAUGUUCACUGCCAAAUCGGCGGGAUCUCCUGCAUUUCUUCCGCCUGAGUUGUGCGUUGUCAAGCAUGGCGAUGUCUCGGGCAAAGCCGCUGAUAUCUGGUCGAUGGGCGUGACAUUAUACUGUCUUCGAUACGGCAAACUUCCUUUUGAACGACAAAGUAUCUUUGAGCUGUACGAAAGCAUUCGGAAUGAUACUGUCGAUUUUGAGGACGAGCAAGAUGGGAAUUUCAAGGAUAUGAUGACUCGGAUUCUUGAAAAGGAUCCCGCGAAGAGGAUAAAGAUGCGGGAUUUAAGGGAACAUCCUUGGGUGACCGCCAACGGAGCCGACCCCCUUCUCUCGUACGAAGAAAACACUGCACAGUUGGUUGAACCGCCUACGGAGGAAGAGAUGAGUCAAGCAAUCACGAGAAACAUCGGUCAUGUUCUUACACUGAUGAGAGCUGUCAAGAACUUCAAGCGACUCGUGGAUCCGAGCAAGGCCGAGUCAGAUUUGAAGAGCAUUCUGGGUAACGAACAUGAUUCCCACUUUGUAUCGCCGCCCCUGGAGAUGGACGACAAUGACGAGUUCCCGGAUGUUGGGUUCGACUCGAAUACCGAAGGCGCCUCUCAACUUUCAUUACUCGAAAGGAUAAAGAGGGACAUUCAAAAGCGUCCGAUUUUGGCAGGAACCCACGGCGGAGACGAGCUGAAAGCAAGCGCCCCUGCCACCAAUCUGCUGAAUACCCUCUCUCCUGCCGAGCACCUUGACCUCGGCAGUCGCCUGUCUAAUCAUUCAGCAAAUACCCCAGAACGGAAAGACUCCGGCUCGAUUCGAAGCGGUAGAUCAAUGGCGACAAGAGACACCGCAGGGCCAGAUUCAGAAUCCGCCUCGCCUCAUCCGGCCCAGUCCCGAGCAAGCUCUGCUACAACCAAGCGGAGCGUCGAAGGAACCAGAGGCCAUGCGCGAGAUCCCCUUGAAGAAAGUUUUCCCUAUCUAUUCGUCGGACCCUCGACAUUCUCCGAUACCUCUCCACAGGAACCCAGCCAAUUCAAUCUGGGCAGUGAGACCGUGUCCAUCUCCGCCGAGCCAGAAAGUAAGGACGAGGAAAUGGACCCUGCACUGCAGGCAGCACAAUCGGACAACCCUGUCCCCAUCGUCAGUGAAUCCCCCGGUGCCGCUGAAUUCGACAUCUACGAAACAGCCUACCGCAAGGAGCUUGAACGCAUCAAAUCUAGUACGUCCACCUUGCCUGACGCAGGCGUCAGUCCCAAGGUGUAUCUCACGCGUCGCGUGGAGGGCAAGCACGAGGUCAUGGAAUUCAUCAAGGACAAAGUGAUCGACAUUCAGAUGGGCGGCAAAAGAGCCCUCGCAUCGGGGGGCAGGUCCGCCUCGGCCUUUGGCGCUGCAGUCAGUCUAUUGUGCAACCAACUCGAGCAGAAGCGCGAGGCCGAAAAGCGAGAGAAUCAGACGGAUGAACAUGAGACAAAGACAAGUUGGAAGGCUCCAGGUCAAGACCACGGCCCCGCCGAGCCCAGACAGCGUCGACCCUCUCAUCCCCCUUCAACAUCUCUCAUGGCCCAGUCCAUCCCCGGCCCGGAGGCUUCGUCCUUCGAGGCGACGGGCGUGUCGGCUACGGAUUCUAGCACCGAACAUGAAAGUGCACCGACGCAGCUCCGCCGUCUCUUGGAUCGAGAGGAGGAGAAGAAGAAGAAGAAGAAGAAGAAGAAGAAGAAGAAGAAGAAGAAGAAGAAGAAGAAGAAGAAGAAGAAGAAGAAGAAGAAGAAGAAGAAGAAGAAGCACACUUGUAAUAUGAACAAGGACAUAAUGUUGACAUUAAUAUGA